AUUUUAGAUCAUGGGCAAAAAGACUAAAGGAAAGCGUCCAGCUUCUGAAGCUUUUGAUACUCAAGAAAGUCACUUGAACACUACUGAAGAUAUAGAAACGCCAGCUAAACUUCAGCAACCCUCUACCAAUAAACUUGAUAUGAACCUUACCUACACAGAUAUGAAAGUCAAAUCAUUGGAUAAAUUUCAUAAAGACCUACCCAAAAUUGGUGGUACCAUCGAUGCUGAUCAGUUUAUGGCCGCUCGUAUUCAAGAAGUUAACCAAAUGCAAUCUUCUAUCAAACAAACAAGUGCUGUCUUGAAGGUACCAGGUUUUGAAUUUAUCCCAAGAUUUUUAAGAAGACGGGCGGCUAGUCAUUUGACCUAUCAUCUUCGUGCUAGAGAUAGAGCAAGAUUAUCUGCAAAGCUUGCUAGUGGCAAAAUCAUCCAAAGGAAUUUUAGAAAAAUCAAAUCAGCAGUAUUAAUGGAAGAAUUAAUCAGUCGGAAAAACAAGGUGAAAUGGCUAGGAACACACAAAUGGCAUAUCAAACGAAUGAAAAUGGAAAAUUGGUGGGGAUAUAGACUUGCUGCUCAUCCAAUGUAUAAAUCUAGAAGAAUUACAUAUCGAUCCUUUACUAAGAUGGCCUUGUUACAUGAUGCUUCCUAUUUUGGUUGUUUACAGCUCUUUGGUUCACAAGAAAAAAUAGUGCAACUUUUAAACAAGCUAACUGAUCCUCUCCUUCCUUCUGUUGGUAGUGCAAGAUUCACCAAAGGGAUUCGAGUGGGACAUACAUUUUGCUAUGAACAAGGUGGAUAUCCAAAUCAACUUAUAUGUCCUGUUACUUUUCUAUGGCAACCCAUAUUAUCAACAAAUGACAAUGCAACUUUAUGGCUUUGGAUUCAUCCAUCAACUUUUAGUACAGUACAAGACCAAAUAUCCAAGACUGCUACAUCAAUGGGUUUACAUGAUACGCAAGUGAGAUUACAAGAUUUACGACAUGAAUUUUCUAGAUUUGAGUUGACAGGUCCUCGUGCUACAACUCUUUUACAAGCAAUAUUAGAUCCAGUGGAUGAAUCAUGUCCCAAUGCUCAAGUAUGGCGAAGUUUACAGCAUUUUCGAUCUGGAUGCUGUAUUCCAAAUGGUUCUGUGAUAGGUCUUACUGUGCAAGAUCCUCGAUUAAGAUUCCCUCAGAAACCUCUACCCAAGUCAUCAAUGGUAUCAUCUGAAUCUUCCUUUGAUACAACAGACUUGUCUUCAAACUGGUCCGAAGUAAUAUGUAGAUCUGACAUUUGGAAUGAAACAAUAAGACAUGAAUGCACUUCUUCAAAAGUUCCGGAACACAAGUUACUAAAACGACGGGAAAUGGCUCUUUUACCUGGUGCCAAGUUACCAUUUACAAAAGAUGAUUCAAAAAUACCAAUUUUACUAAUUCAACGGAAUGGACCUCUAUUUGAUCGACCAAGUCAAGUAUCUGUAGCGCGAGUAGAGCAUAUUGAAGGGUGGACACUGAUUUUACCUAGAGCAUUUGCCCUUCCAUUCUGGCGGUCAUUGGUAUUCGCAGGUGCAAGAACAGGUGGACUUUACGAUAUACACAACAUGCAUUUCGAUAGUGGAUACUCUUGUUUUCCUUAUGAUUAUCCUACCACCAAAGCGUUUGAUGAUCAUCAGUCAGUCAUUGGAAAGACAGCAAAACAAAAAUGGGAACGACAACCUCCAGCAAAACGACUCAACUAUAGUAAAUUGGAUAUAGAUUCACCUUUUAUUAUACCUUUUAAACAGUUAUUGUUACCAUCAGCAUCACUAACCAAUGACGCCAGCAAUAGUAAGAAUGAUGAUUACAAUCAAACCUAUGGUCAUGGUGCCCUUUUACAGAAUGACAAGCUUGUGGCAAUGAUUAUGAACAGUAGAAACAUUGGCAAAGAAUCAGUAGAAAGACAGAUUUUAGAUUUGAUGAUUUCUAGUAUGACUACACGGGGUAUGGUGACAACAGCAAAACAGCAACAACCUCUUUUAUUGGAAACAAUGAUGGUCAAGACUCGAGUAGUUAGCUUACAUGAUGGCACUUUGGACUCAGGUGCUAGGAUUUAUUUGGUGAAAGAUGAGAUGGUUUAUCAAGAUUAUGUGACUAAUCAAAAGAAUAUCAAGUCUGAAAAACCCAUCAAUCCAUUACCAGAAGAUCUUAUUGGAUAUGUGACAACUGGACGUUAUUCUUUAUUGACCGGAAAAGGACAAGGGAUUGGUGCUUGUUCUGCGUUUGGACUUUAUCAAUUACAAGAGAUUGACUCAAGGCAAAAGAGACUGAAGAAAAGAUUCGUCCUAGUUCGUAAUUUGACUUCAAGGGAAUACAAACCAGCCAUUCUCUACAUAACAUAGAUAUUUUUACAUACACUCCUCAUACCCUCUAUGUUUUUGUAUAUAAUAGAUAGAUGUAGACUCUCAUAUUAGAUAUUCAAUAAAAAAAAAAAUGACAAAG